UGACCCUGGGGAGUUAGGCUGAUAGCAAGCCUUUAAAAGGAACAAGACAAGCAACGAGAUAAAUUAUGUAGAGGUUGAGGUUAGAUCAGGCAUGCUAUACACCUGUCAAGUGCAAGCUAGAGGACAAGGUAUGAGAAGGGGUUGAGAGACCCUGCAAAUUUCACUGAUCAAUGAGAAUCAGAAAAUCGUGGAAUUUCAAGGAAUCCAUGGGGAAAUUCUAAAGUGGGAACUAGAGGGCCAAUAGCGGGAGUCUCGGAACCAACCGUAGGAGUAAAUCAUUCAAUCAACCGGGUAUAGACAAGCAAGUACAACGUUCAUUAGAAGUUCUAAUGAAAGUUGGAGAAUUCGAGGAAGAGUCUAAACGGUCGUAAUGAAGAGAGGUUGCGAACAAUACCAUAGGAAGAGCAACAAAAAAAGCCAGAGGGAGUUUGAUGAGAUUUCAAGAAGUCAAUGGGUCAAGUCUCAGGUGAGUCGAGGACAAGAGCUGCACAAAGAGGUACGAUGAGGAAAAGCAUCACUGGGAAGGAGGAAAUCAUUCAGUUACCUUAUCCAAGGUGCCCCACUCUGAGCGAGUACGGCAUAGUAGGAUGUCAUCCAUAAAAGAAGGCCAAUUAAGGAUAAAUUAGUGAUAUUUAGUUAAGCCACUAAGAGCCAGGACUAAGAGAUUAAGGCUAUGUACAAGCAUCGGUCGAGACAAAAGACAUGGAAUGAGUUAUGUUAAAGGUUACCAUGGGCAAGCCACCAUUGGAAGUUGUGACCUAAAACAACAAGGAGAAGAUACUCAACAGAGUUUGGUGACCGAAAAUGGUACAAAGCAGCAACAGAAGGGUGGUAAAAGUAAAGAAGCAAGGAGAACACCAUAGGACGCUAUAGGAAAUAAAAAAAAGGGUGGUUGUCGACCGGACAAUGAAUGCGUGAAGGAAGAUAGUUGGGACGUGGUCAAGCACCAUCAUGAGUAGAAGUCGUGGGUGUCAUCUGUCAAGUCUACCUAGAGAAAGUUUCUAGUGGAAAUGUUGGCUCUGAGGUAUGGCGAGGAGCUACUAAACUGAGUAGAUCAAAGCUAGUAUCAAGCAUUGAUGAAGGAGUUGUGGAAGUAAGGAGGAAAGCACAAGCUAUAAUGAAAGUUAUGGUGAAAAGGGUGGUAGUUGAUAAAACGACAAAUUAAGGGAGAAAGAUAGUUUGGAAGAGCCAACGAAAGAAUACGAAGGUCAAUAAGAAAGCAUUAGGUUGACCACCAAGUAGAGAACAAUCAAUCCAUAGGAAGUCCAUCAAGAAAGUAAGGUGGAAUCGUGGUCGUUAAGACUAGUCAAAGGGAGAACCUUAUAAUUCAAGGACUAAAGGUACAUUAGUAAGAAGAGAAUAUGAGAACCUAGAUGACUAUAUCGAGAAUAAAGGACGUCAUCUAGAACUAGCGAGUAAUAUCAAGAAGAAGAGACACGAGUAACGAAGUAAGAGGGAUAUGAGUUUAGGGAACCUGCUAGGAUACCCAAAGUGAAACUAAGAUCUCCUUUGUUGGUAAAAGGUGUCAAUCUCUCGGGUAAAACCUUAUUGGACGGGGAAACCGUACGAGGAGUUUUAUCUAGGGUCUGAGAGUGGCAAAAUGGAUAUUACAAGAACAUAAAAUUCAAGCAGCGAUAAGUAAGUGCUAAGUUAGGCGCCAGGAGUGAACAAUUAAGCCAGAGAGAAUGCAAUGAUUCUUGAAAGGAAUCAUAAAGGUGAUCGCAAGCUAGAGAAAGAUGAAAAGGAUGCCUCUAUUGCAUACAGGAAGUAAAAGCUGUAAUACGAGGUCUCGACGUUAAGAAAGAAGUAACGAGGAGAUGACCUUUCAGUUUAUGAUCAAAGGAUAAGAUUAAGUAUCAAGGAAGGAAGUAAGAGAUAUAAGUUAGGAGAGUUUUGGCGAUCGAACAAAAAGGAGAUCACGCUGCCAUAAGUAAUCUUGGGGUUCGAAGUGGUAUUACCUUCUUAUGUACCAAAUGAUGGAGAUAGCGGAUGCCCAAAACACGUUCAAAGUAAAUGACCAUGUGAAGGGGGUAAGUAGCAUCAGACAACAGGGCAUUGCCGAGCAAGUCGAACACUCACCAUGAACGUUUACGUCAUGGAUUUCAAAGGUGUGCAUCAAGAAUCGUGAAGAGGAGAACAUUAUAGGUCAAGAUACGGGUGAAUUGUUAGACAAUGUUGCUUAAGAAAUUGUAAGGGGGGGAUCUUGAGAAACCACGGUGAUCACAAGAGGUUUUGAGUAAAGCACCACAACAUCGAAGCCGUAUAUGGGUGGAGAAUUUCAUAGUUGUAUCGAGCUAAUAACUAGCUAGGCAAGUUGCCUGCGAGAAAUGGUUGAACUACCAGUCUUCUAAAAUCACAUCAUAUCGAAGGGAAGGAUGUAUAGCUCAGUGUCGCACACAUUAAGGAGGUACAGUUCUUUGCAGAUAGAUUAUCACAAGUGAGACUUGAGGUCACCACAGAGAACAAAUUUCGAGGGCGAAAUUUUCGUAAGUGGGGUGGAAAUGUGAUACCUCAAUUUGGAUCUAGAUUAAACAACCAACUACUGAAUGAGUUGGACCAUGAAUCAUAUCGAAUCGAAAUUUUGUUUAGCAUGCGACCAGGCCAAGUUGCUUAGAAUUAAAAGGGCAAUGAGUCACUCAAGUUACACAAGUGCUGCAAGCUAAGAGAGAGUACUUGUUAUGGUCGAGAAGGGAUAUAAGAGGAGCAGUUUCAUUAUGCGAGGUGCGCAAGGAGCACCAUGGAAGCAGAUAUAGUCAAAAUAAUUUUUGGGGCAAGGGAGUACAAGGCCGGUGUUAAAGGAGAGAUGCGUUCCGAACAAAUUUCGGGAAUGAAAUUUUUAUAAGAGUGGAGGAAAUGUAACACCCCGAAUUUUGGGGUUCAGGUUCGACCAAAAUAAGUGAACGGUUGGGUUAACGGUUACGUACGAAGGAUUAUGAUUGCGGGCUAGGAAUAAUAAUAAUAAUAACAUUAUUAUUAUUAUUAUAAAAAAAUUAAAGUAUGGGACGGGAGGGCCGAGCGGCCACAAUCCCAAACCCCUCCCUCGUUAUUUUGUUUCCACCAGCGGCAGGCAGGAGAGGAGAACCGCCGCCUCAUUGAUUUCCCAAAAACCCUCGCCAAUCCGAGAUCAUGUACAGGUCUGCUGUUGCCGCCAGGCUGCUGAGAGAUACAGCCGCCGCACAAAAAGGUCCUGGUUGGCUAAGUUCACUCAAUCAUUCCAGGCAGUUUGCUCAUUCUUUACCCUUCGCAACCGUAGAUGCUGAAGAGUUAUCGGGUGCUAGACCAGCUGAAGUACAAAACCGGGUGCAAGGAAAAUGGGGAGGAUCUUCUAGGUGGAACACAAUUGUGGAUCCUUUUAACGAGGAACCAUUUAUUAGAGUUGCUGAAGUAGAUGAGAAAGGCAUCAGGCCAUUUGUGGAGAGCUUGUCCAAUUGUCCUAAGCAUGGGCUGCACAAUCCAUUUAAGUUGCCUGAGAGGUAUCUUCUUUAUGGGAACAUAUCCUCGAAGGCGGGGCACAUGCUUUCAUUACCAAAGGUUAUUGAUUUCUUCGCAAGGAUAAUACAAAGAGUUUCCCCAAAAAGUUAUCAGCAAGCGCCUUUAUGGACAAAGUUCAAAUCUUGUGAUGGCAUCAAAGUGGGAACUUGGUUAUUCAAGCAAGCAUGAGGUGGUUUGCUCGAGAAAUUAAGGCAAAAGCGGGCUGACUGGUCGAUUGAGACAGCGGGUUUGCUUUUUCUCUCUACUAUGAGAGCUAUUUGCUUAAGCAAGCUCGUGUUGUUACCGGUGGAUUCAGGGCGGCCAAAUAACGACUAAAUGGUUCAUUUAGUUCUAUUUGCCAAGCAAGCUGUUCCAAUUUUAUUCAAGCAAGUACGAGUGUGGUAUUUGGAAGUGAGUAUGGAAACUUUGGAGCAAAAUCAGAGCCAGUUCCGACGGAAGUAAGGUGAGUGUAAAGGAGGAAAUUCUACGCCUUACGUAUUCUUUUAGAGUAUUAUGAUUUUAAGUAUUUUAGCGAAUUGGUUACCGUUGCUUGAUUAUGUGUGUGAUUGAUUAUUUAUGCCUUGCUUGAGCUAUGAUUUGAGGUGAUUUUGUGCUAUUUACCUUAAAGCGUUAUGUUUGAGUUAUUGUUAAAGUUUAAGAAACAAGCUCUUUUUAAGAAGUAACUCACCUUCAAGAAGGUGAAGUCGUUUUAAGUGUUUUUAGUCACUAGCGCCAGUCCGUUGCCAUUUGAGAUUUUCAGAGAGAGCAGCAGUUAUGCUCUUGAGAUCUUUGAGACAGAGCAGCAGUUAUGCUCUUGAGACUUUUAAGAUGAGCAGCAGUUAUGCUCUUGAGAAGAGUUUAAGAUGUUAGGGGGAUGAAUCGUUACGACUUCCCUAACUAAGUUUAAGUUUAAGGAAAGCCUGGAUGGCUUCUCAUACAUAUGAGUUGGCAACCGGACUAGCUAGUGAGGAAUCAUAGUGUCGGUCAAGUAUUUAAGUCAAGCUUUGAGAUUUAAGAAUGGAGUAACAGUAACUCCCGUACAGUAUAAAGAGUUAAGCUUUUUAAUAGUGGAAGUGCAAAACAACUUCCACUCAGUUAAGAAAAAAGAUAAAGUAUAAUAAGAUGUUAAACGUAAGGGCGUAGACUGACCCCAUCUCACUCACCAGUUAUAAGAGUUAGAGGAGCAGUUAGAGAGCAGCGGGAUCGAGAGGAACAGUUCGAGUGAAGCUAGCUAGAGGAGGAUGGUACGAGCGUCACAGAGGAUGUCUAGUCAGAGUUUUUCACACAAGCAGCAACACCUGAGGCUUGUUAGUUAUUAUGUUCUAUGAUUAUGAGUAUAGACUGGAGAUCAAGUUGAGUUUUUAAAGUUUGAGUUUAAAUUGCCCACAUGUUAGGGCUUUACUUUGAACUACAAGUGUGUGUUUUCAGUAUUUUAUUUAUGAAAAUUUUUCCCAGUUGCAAUUCAAGACUUGAGUAUUUUAUUUUAUCAAGGCCAUUUUAGUAAAAGUAGUACCCGGCCGGGUUAGGGUGUUACAAAAAUGCUUCAGUUUCUAUAAAAAAAAGUAUAGUGUGCAAAAACAUUAAAAAUGGUAAAGAAAGGUAAAGACGUAAAAGAAGGUCAAAAACGCAUUUCUGAUACGUUUCCAGCUAAAGAAGUUUCAUCCAAUUUCACACCUUCUCUGUCUAGUAUUGUCUUCUGACAAGAUAGAGAUCACAACAUCGAUCCCUAUGUUCAAAUUGACCCACAACAAUUCUUUAACCAUUCCUCAAAGUUUGAGGACGACCGAACGGUUGGUUUCUAUGGAAUCCUCACCGGAACCAACUACCCAGCUAUAAGAAAAUAAGGUUGCACCCUGUCUGAAGAAGCAAAGAUCAUAACAACGAUCCCAACAGUAUGAUUGGAUCCCAGAAAGCAUGAAACGAAUCCUUAAAAUUUGAGGAUGAUCCAACAGUGGAUUCUUUUGGAAUCCCCUCGUGAACUCACUGCAUUGCUGCAAAUUGAUUUGAGCAUGACGUAUGACAUGUUCAAGAGGGAUGAGGAUGUGCAACUUAAGUGAUUAAUAUUUACUAAUAUGCUGAUUUCUCGCAUUUAAUGGAUGAAGCUCUUAUGAAAAAAAAAGCCUCGGUAAUCUUGUUUAAUUUGAUAUUGAAAUAAAUUGGUGCUAAUUGG